GACAGAAGGAGCAAUCGUGCCACCUGUCAAUGUGCCUAUGACACCUGUGUAUACCAUUGGCCUUCAACAAAACGGCAAUGAAGUUUACCCCACACCACCUGGUUAUGUACCACCCCAGGUGCCAAUGAUGAUGCCAGUCCCACAAAGACCCCCUGGCUGUCCCCCAGGCCUGGAGUACCUGACCCAGGUGGAUCAGCUUCUAGUUCAUCAAAAAAUAGAACUAAUGGAAGUUCUCAUGGGAUGGGAGACCAAUAAUCAAUAUGUAAUUAAAAACAGUUUAGGGCAGCAGGUAUUUUUGGCUGCUGAGGAGAACGACUUUUGCACGCGUAUGUUCUGUGGACCAAUGCGCUCCUUCAUAAUCCAUAUCCAAAAUAACAUGGGGCAAGAAGUGAUAACUUUAUCCCGUCCCCUUAACUGCAGCAGCUGUUUCUUUCCUUGUUGUCUACAAGAGCUGGAGGUUCAGAGCCCUCCUGGCAGCCCUAUUGGAUAUGUAAGUCAAUGCUGGCAUCCUUACCUUCCAAAGUUUCUUAUUCAGAAUGAGAGAAAAGAACCAGUUUUGAGGAUUGUGGGGCCGUUCUGUGACUGCAAGUGUUGUUCUGAUGUUAAUUUUGAGGUGAUGUCACUGGAUGAAUCCUCAGUGAUUGGUCGGAUUAGCAAACAAUGGACGGGAUUUGAGGCAGAAGCAUUUACUGAUGCAGACAACUUUGGUCUUCAAUUUCCAAUGGAUCUGGAUGUGAAAAUAAAGGCGGUUAUAUUAGGGGCCUGCUUUCUUAUUGAUUUCAUGUAUUUUGAGCACACCCAAGACAAAAAUUGAAACCAUCGAGGA